CAUGGUAUCAGAAUACUGUUCUUAAUUGCAAAUUAGCAUCGAAAUUGUCAGAGUUACAAAAUCAAAAAUCCCGCAGAUCGAAUCGCCGUGGAGUUUAUAAUCUCUUCGGCGACUUGAACAAGAUUCUUCAUUAUUCCAGUCGCCGCUAUUUCUUUCUCUUUUACUCCGUCGCCAUUUCUUUCAACUUUGGGACUAUACUAUACAUGUCCAUAAAAAUCAGCGUCGCUAAAAAAAAUUAAAAUGACGGAAGCACAAAAGUACGUAUGGGAGGGAGCAAUUCCACUACAGAUUCAUCUCCACGAAUCGGAUGUAACAACGCUUCCGCCGCCGCCUCCGGCGUUUAUAUUAGCUCCGAGAAUAGGCUAUUUGCCUUUGCUUAUUCCUCUUAUUAAACCUUACUUCUCUACUACUCUUCCUCCUGGAAACGACACUGUUUGGUUCGACUAUAAAGGCUUGCCUCUCAAAUGGUAUAUACCGACCGGAGUUCUCUUUGAUCUUUUAUGUGCUGAACCGGAAAGACCUUGGAAUUUGACGGUUCACUUUAGAGGAUAUCCAAAUAAUUUGUUGAUCCCUUGUGAAGGUGAAGACUCUGUAAAAUGGAGCUUUAUCAAUUCAUUGAAAGAGGCAGAUUAUAUAACCAAUGGAAACUGCAAGAACGUUAUGAACAUGUCUCAGUCGGAUCAGGUUGAGCUAUGGAAUUCUGUGAUGAAUGGUAAUUUAGAAGCCUACAUGCGUGCAUCAUCUAAGCUUAAACUUGGAGUAAUUGAGGAUGAAUUUUCAUUAAAGUUGGAUUUGUGCUCACCAAAAUCACGUAAGACCACUAGUGAGGUUGAAAUGGCUGGGCAAAUGAAGACAGAUAAAAUUCCAGUUCGGUUGUAUGUUUGGAGUGUUAGUGAGGUUUUUGAAGAUUUGGAAGAUAUACCUAAAAUCGAUAGUUGGGACAAGAUUUCUUACAUAAAUCGGCCAAUCGAGAUUCAUAGAGAAGAAGGUAAAUGCUUCACCCUACAUGAUGCCCUGAGAAGUCUUCUGCCUGAAUAUUUGGAGGACAAGUCAUUGAUUGUUGAGGAAUCAGUUCGAGCUGACGAUGAGGAUGAGCAAAAAGUUUCAACCGAAGAGGUAAGCAGCGACACGAAGGCAACAGAGGGGGAAGAAACUUCAUGCCAGUCUGCAGGGCCUUCCUGCACAUCUUGUGCCACCGAGAUUAAACUUGUCCGCAUCCAAGGCAUUGAACCAAAACUCGACAUACCUUUCUCCUGGGUAGUGAACAAUUUGAAGAAUCCCGAGCAUUUUCUUCAUAUAUGUGUUUGUCUAGCAUUUCCAAACGCAUAAACUCUUUUUCAGAUAGGAUAAUAUUUUUGAUUCUUUUACCAUUUUUUGGCCUUACAGUUAGUCAUGGGCUUUUGCAAUUUUAAGAUAUUGCAUUCCCUGUAUAGAAUUAGAAUGUACAGAACAGUUCCUCGGGAUAAUUACAUUCAUCGCCCUUAGCUUUGGCAUUGUGCGUAGAUUACAAAA